CAGUCAGUUUAGUCUCUUCACUCGCUUUGCAAGGAUCUAAAUACAACGCGCGUAAUUUGAAUUUCGAAUCGGAUAUAAGAAUUUAUAUUUGAUUUGUAAAAGUUUUUGAACGCACGAGUGAGAAUAAAAAAUAAACAUGAAUUUACUGAGUGAGGGAAAUAGUGAGCCACGGAUUUUAUCAGCUAGACAUGUAAUUGGAAAGUCUUGGCCAGAGAUGAAUAAAGCUGAAACAACAUUAUCCUGUUAUGAUAAUCUUGCACCAGAUGUUGGUUAUUAUAACGCAGCGCUGGGCAACUACGCGUGGGUGACAUGGGCGUGCGCAGCGCUGAUGGUGGCCGUGAUCUGCACGCUGUACGUCUAUACGCUGCGAGAAGUUCGACAGCACUGGGGGAAGUGCAGCUCCAACGUCGCUAUUGUCGUGGCUCUCAAUCCAGUGGUUGCAGCGUCGUCGCUAGUCGCCAUCAUAGUGCCUCGCGCAUUCGUGUUGUGUGAGGCGGUCAGCAUGCAAAUGGUGAUGAUCGCGAUGUAUCACUUCUUCUGCAUGAUCCUCGCAGAGUGUGGCGGUCCGGAACAACUCGUAAGGAUGUCGGAUAACAUUAGCUGGAAGACGCGGGUGCCGCCCUGCUGCUGUUUGCCAUUCUGCCUAAUCCCGCAGCCUCUAAUCAAUACACGUAAUCUAAGUUGGGUGAGGUACUCAAUUCUGCAGACGACCAUCGUUCACGGUCUGUCCUACUUUCUCAUGCUUGUGCUGUGGGCUGAAGAUGUGUCUCUUUACCUCGAUAGCUCCAAAUUCCUGCAGCCUUUUGGGGGCGUCUCUACGCUGUUCGGCAUAUGGGGCCUUUUCGUGUGUGUCAAGACGGUGGAAACACUCGGCUUCCAACCGGGACCGAGGUUCAAUGCCAUACAUGCGGUGUUAAUUGUGGUGACGCUGCAGUAUCAAAUGGUCAAGUCUGUGACUGGUUUAUUCAAUAUACCGUGCGUCUUGUCUCUGCAUCCGGCGGUGUAUGUUAAUCUGGUCCAAAACUCUAUCAUUAUCGUAGAGAUGUUAGUGAUUUCUCUAUGGACAUACCGUAUAUACAGCUGCGAGCCUGGGAAACCCGCCGUCCUGCAGGACACAUUGGUGACUCGAGGGUGAAGACACAUUCCCGGAGAUCGAUUAUAAAAAAAGGAGUAAUAAGUACAAUUUAUUUAACCAUGUAUUGAUGAUUUUUUGUUGCACCCACCCAGACCUAGGUUUAGGUUUGAAGAACUUUAUUUCCUCAUAAAGAAUUAACAAUUAAAUAGCAAGACAGCGAGCGUAUACAAAAAUAAAAAUUAAAAUAAGGAACUAUGUAGGUAGUCACAAAAAUCUGCGUCGACUGCUUGAUUGCACGUCGGGCAACCACGGAUCUAAAGUUCACAUAGCGUAAUCUGGAUGUGGCAUAAUGG